CGGGGCGGCGGCAAAUAGUCCUUUGUUUACAUGGGCCGGUGGCUGGCGGAGGCGGCGCCGCCGGGGGAGGGAGCGCUGCGCUCGCACCAGCUGUUUCCCGCCUUGAGCGGCAGAGGCGCGGCGCGCUCAGCUGGGGCCGGCGCCCGCAUGGAGUACUUCAUGGUGCCCGCGCAGAAGGUGCCCGCGCUGCAGCACUUCAGGAAGUCGGAGAAGGAGGUGAUCGGCGGGCUCUGCAGCCUGGCCAACAUCCCACUGACCCCAGAGACCCAGCGGGACCAGGAGCGGCGGAUACGCAGAGAAAUUGCGAACAGCAACGAGCGAAGGCGGAUGCAGAGCAUCAAUGCUGGCUUCCAGUCUCUGAAAACCCUCAUUCCACACACAGACGGGGAGAAGCUCAGUAAGGCGGCGAUUCUCCAGCAAACAGCUGAAUACAUCUUCUCCCUGGAGCAGGAGAAGACUCGGUUACUGCAGCAGAACACACAGCUCAAGCGGUUCAUCCAGGAGUUCAGUGGCUCCUCCCCGAAGCGGCGGCGGGCAGAGGACAAGGACGAGGGCAUUGGCUCACCAGACAUCUGGGAGGACGAGAAGGCAGAGGAUCUGCGCCGAGAAAUGAUCGAACUCCGACAGCAGCUUGACAAGGAGCGCUCGGUCCGCAUGAUGCUGGAGGAGCAGGUGCGCUCCUUGGAGGCCCACAUGUACCCUGAGAAGCUCAAGGUGAUCGCCCAGCAGGUGCAGCUCCAGCAGCAGCAGGAACAGGUGAGAUUGCUGCACCAGGAGAAGCUGGAACGUGAGCAGCAGAUCCGAACGCAGCUCCUGCCGGCACACGGUCCCCCAGCACCCACCCAUCAUCCCACUGUGAUUGUACCAGCACCACCUCCUUCCCAUCACGUCACCGUGGUAACCAUGGGCCCAUCCUCUGUAAUCAACACAGUCUCUACGUCCAGGCAAAACCUGGACACCAUUGUUCAGGCAAUUCAGCACAUUGAAGGGACACAGGAAAAGCAGCUGCAGGAGGAGGAGCAGAGGCGUGCGGUCAUCGUGACACCUGUCCCGUGCCUGGAGCCCUCCAAUUCCGACACUGCCUCCGACACAGAGGGGGACGACAGUGACUCCAUGGAUCAGAGCAAGGAAGAUCCCUCAGGGGAGGGGGAGCUGCCCUGACACCCCCCCAGCCAGCAGCAGGGAAAGGGGUGGGACUGGGGGAGGGGAAUGUCAGAGAAUAUGCUGAAAUUUUUAAAAAAUACAAUGCGAUUUGGGUCUCUUUUAUGACCUUUUUCAAUACUGUAAAUCGGAGUGCUAGAACCAGACACGCUGAAAGUUCAUGCUGCGGUUGAAAGCAAACCAGGGGGCGGGAGGGGGUGCUGUGUCAGUGAACCAGCACUGGGGGAGGGUGGGGGGCUGUUUUUAACUAGAGAUGGGCCAAAACUGGAACCCAGGAUCUGAACUCAGAUGAACUGUUUGGGGGUUCGGGUAACUGGGACCUGGAACCAAAUCGCCUGUGGUUUUGUAAAACUCAAACCCAACUUACAGUAAUCUUGCAAAAGUUGUCCCGGCUUUAUCCAGCACUGGUGCGAUGGAUGGCGUGGCUGGUGCACGGGCGCUAGGCUGUUCAUGGGCCUGCCUGAGUUCUUGUUUCUUGUUUGUUGGUAGUUUCUCUAUUUUAAAAAAGGGGGGGAAAAAAUAAAAAUUAAAGGGACACCAUCAACUGAAGUCCCAUGGCACAGAACAAGUUGCCUACUCUCAAGCCGACUAGUGGAGAAUAGAGAGGAAUGUGUUGAGGUUACUUGGCGCAUUUGGCGAUGCUCUGUGUGUGGUCAGUUUCACUACUUCUCCUGCACCACUGGGCACUUCCCCUGAAAGAACCCACACAUAUGGCAACAGGGGCGAGAAAACACUUUCUAAAACAGGAAGAUGGGAUUGUAAGGCCACUGGAAGCAUUUGGGGGGUGGGGGAGCAGGUGUAGUACUUGAAAGGACUCUGAACUCGCUUAAAAAUUGACUAGAUUUCAGUUUGGUGGUGUUGCUUUAGAUUUAAAAAAAAAAAAAAAAAAGAAAAUCCCAACCUUACAAACCCACAUCAUUUCCAGCCCCGAUGGCAGGAGAUGCUCAACAAGACGAUAUCAACUUCAUGUUCUUUAUUUUUCCUUUGUUUCCUCCUAAAGCACUUAAUCCAUUUUGUGGGGUCUGCCCGGUCAGAAGAGCUGUUCUGUUCUGUGAUUGUCGCUUCUGUUUCUUUUUUUCUGUUGUGUUUUGGUUUCCUUUCUCCCCUCCCCGCCCCCUUCCUGUUUGGCUGUAGGUUUAGGCCAGUGUUGUGUAGAGCCUUGUGGGUAUUUGGUAGGUUCCUCCCCGGCCACAACUGUUUCUCUGUUUUUCUUUCAUUUUUUGUAUUUUUUUUUUUACGAUUUUCAGGUCUUUGUGUUCAUCGAGAAGCUAUUAUAUUUUGUUAAGAAAGUGAAAAAAAAAAGGCUUGUGCCUUUGUAAAGAAACAAAAUAAAGUUUGUACUUUGUUUUUUAGAA